AUGAUGGUAAACAGUAGUGCUUCAAGUGCUCUACAGAGAAAAACUCUCAAUUUAAUUUAUUAUUGCUCGAUUGCAUUAUUCGGUUUCAUCUUCAUUUUGUUAGCAUCAUGGGGUGCCUAUCGACUUCAAUUUGCUGGAAAAGGAAAGCCAAUUAUUCAAGAUGAAUUUCCAUAUCGUUUACCUGAUAACAUCUCUCCAACUCAUUAUGAUAUUCAAUUAGAGCUUCAAGCCGAUAACAGUGCAACAUUCAAUGGACGAGUCUCGAUUUAUCUGAAGGUCAUUGAAGCAACUAAAACAAUUGUAUUGAGUGCAGAAGAGUUGCAGUUUGUGGCUUUGAUUAAAGCUAAUGCAGAUCAAAAGAAUGAGCAUAACAAAACGGGAAUUGUUCCUUCUGUGAAUGGCAAGAUUGAAGGAGUAUCACUUGUUAAUUCAAAGACAAAUGCAGCAAUGGAAUUAACCGGUUUCUCCACAGCUGAUUUAGUCAAAUACAGAAAAAUACAAGUCUAUUCCAAACAGGCACUAGAAAAGAAUGGACAAUACAGCUUGACCAUUGAUUAUAUUGGCUUGAUUCGUAAUGAUAUGAGAGGAUUUUAUCAAAGCAAAGCAGCAGAUGGUUCUCUUGUUUUAUCGACACAAAUGGAAUCUGAGGAUGGAAGAGCUGCAAUUCCACUAUUUGACGAACCAAGGUUUAAGGCAACAUUCCAAAUGACCAUCACAACUCCUGUUAAAAACGACAAGACUCGAAUUUUAUUCAACACAGACGAAAUUAGUAGAAGUACACUUUCAGAUGGAAGAGUUAAGGUGAAAUUUGAUAAGACUCCCCUCAUGUCUACUUAUUUAAUCGCAUUCAUCAUUGGACAAUACGAUUACAUUGAGAAAUCAGCAGAUGGCAUUCGCCACAGAAUUUAUACCCCUGUUGGAAAGGAAGAACAAGGAAGAGAUGCACUUGAAGCAGCUGUGAAAAUUACCAAGUUCUUUACUGAUCUCUAUGGAGUCAAGUAUCCAAUUAACAAGAUGGAUCAAAUUGCAAUUCCUUCUUUCGCAAGCGGAGCUAUGGAGAACUUUGGACUUAUUACCUACCGAGAAACGUACUUGUUAUUCGAUAAUGCCACUGCAUCACAAUCAGACAAAGAGAAUGGUAUUGAAGUAGUUUCUCAUGAAAUAAGCCACCAAUGGAACGGCAACAUUAUUACAUGUGCCUAUUGGACACAACUCUACUUGAAUGAAGGUUUUGCAACCUUUAUGGAAACCUAUGCACUUGACAAAACCUAUCCAUCAUGGAAGAGAGGUCUCAAAAAGCUCACCAAUAGUGUGAUUUAUGCUGCUGACGCUGAUUCUGUUGCAAGUGCAGAUCCUAUAGUAAGAGAAUACAAGAAGAUUCAAUCGAAAGAUGAAAUCGAUGGUCUUUUUAAUUCCAUUACAUAUGAUAAGGGCGGUGCUAUUUUGAACAUGUUCUUUAACUAUUUAGGUGAAGAAACAUUUGUGAAAUGGAUGAGACAGUAUUUUGCCAAAUAUCAAUAUCAGAAUACUAACACCACUCAAUUGUUAGAGCUUUUACCUGUUUCAGAUGUCAAAGGAACUGCCGAAAAAUUCUCCACAUGGCUCUAUCAAGCUGGAAUGCCAAUUAUCAAUGUGAUAAAAGAGGCAGAUGGCUCACUAACUCUCACACAGAGAAGAUUCUUUUCCUACGCCAACUCUUCUCAAGUUGAACAAUUUAAAAACAGCAAAUGGUGGAUCCCUUUGACUUAUGUCACUGAGAUCGAUGACGAUGCUGAAGUGAAAAGAAUUGAAUUUCCUGCGUCACAGACCUCUUUAAAGAUUACUGAUAAGGCUGUGAAAUUUAAUCAUCACAAAAACGGAUUCUAUCGAGUGAAUUACCCAAAGAGCAUGUGGACCGAUUUAAUUUCCAAUAUCAAGGAGUUUGACACUCAGGAUCGAUUUGACUUGUUCAAUGACCUCUUCUCAAUUGCAACCUCUACAGUUGAAACUAUUGAGUCCUCCCUCAUGUUUGAUAUGUUACUUGCAUUGAAGGAAGACGAAACUAGCAUUUUGUGGGAGAGCAUGUAUCAAUCUGUACUCAAAUUGAAUCAAUUAUUGGCCGGUGAGAGUGUUUCUCUCUCUUUCAGCAGAAUGGUUUUAGAUCUAGUUCAAAAGCAAUAUGAGAAAAUUGGAUGGGAAAACCGUAGUAGUGACGACGACGAUUUAGCUGAACAGAAAGAAGUUCGACCCUUCGUUUUGAACUUGGCAUGUCGCUUCGGAAAUGUGGAUUGUAUUGACCAAGCUCUUAAACGUUAUCAUGAGAGAAAUACCACUGCCAUUCCUCCCGAGUUGCGUAAUGUGAUCUAUCGAACUGUGGUCUCUAAGGGUGGAGAACGAGAAUAUUACCAAGUAUUGGAACAAUUCAAAGCAGAACAAGACUCUGUGGAAAGAACCAAACUCAUGUACGCUUUAGCGUAUAGCCCUUCCAUUCCACUCCUUCAAAACACUUUGGAAUUGUCUUUGAGUCCUCUCGUCAAACCUCAAGAUAGCAUAUUCCUUAUCAGAGAAGUGGCUAGAAAUGUACCAUAUGGAACCGAUGUUGCUUGGAAUUUCGUAAGAUCACGUUACGAUGCGAUUGUCAGCAAGUGUGGACAAGACCAAGUAAGCAAUAGACUUGUCUUCGGAGUUGGAUCACUUUUCAACAAUUUACACUACAAGCAAGAUAUUGAAACCUUCUUUGGACCUCGUUUGCAAAGUAUUAGUUUGAUGCACUACAGAAAUACCUUAGAAGCAAUUGAUAAGAAUGCCAAAUUCUUGGAAAAACAUCUUUCUUUCAUUGAUUCUUAUUUGAAAUCCAAAUAUCCAGCAACCUUUUAG